AUUCCCGAAAUGUUGAAUUCCGACGACCGUCCAGUUUUGCAAGCCAUGUUCCUGAGCAACAAUUGUUUCGAACACAUCAUACGAUUGAUCCAAAACAGCAAGCUCUACCUGAGCAGGGAAUGCAAAACACCUGCAGGGCAUCUGGCCCCACGGCUGCUGACUGAGGUGGACUCCCAUCAGGUUUUCGACAGCAGUUCAGACGCCAUCGCGAUUCACGCCAUCGGGGUCCUUACCUCCAUCAUGGCUACCUCUCCCGCUGCUAAGGAGGUCUUCAAAGAGAGGAUUGGCUACUCCCACCUCUACGAGGUCCUGAAGAGCCAGAGUCAGCCCACCAAGAAACUCCUGCAAGAGCUGCUCAACAUGGCUGUUGAAGGGGAUCACACCGCCUCUCCUCCGCGCCUCAUCCACAACGAACAGCCGCUGCUGAUCCUGACGCAGUGGAUUCCCGAGCUCACCUCCCGAGACCUCCAGAUAUUCCUUUCCGAGUGGCUGAAGAAAAUCUGCAACGCUUCACUCCAGAGCCUCACCACCUGCGUCCGGGCGGGCAUGGUGGGUUGCCUGUUGGAUGCGCUGAGCGCCGCGCAGCAGAAUCUCGACCGCAAAUGCACCGAGAACCUUGUCGACUUGCUGCAAGCGCUCGGCAGCCUCUCGAUCCGUCCGGGCGAGUUACGGCAGUUGCUGAAACUCCUCCGGACCGAGAACGGCGCGGGGUGCCACCCGUACACCGUAAAAGUCGUGCGAGCUCUUUCGGGCAUGGCGCGCAAGGAGAGACCUGAUCGAGCCCUGCAGUAUUUCGACCUGGUGCCCAGCAUGGCGGGGAUCAUGGUGCCUACCAUCCAGAAGUGGCCCGGGGUUGGCUUCGCCUUCCACGCCUGGCUGUGCCUCCUAGCCGAAGAAACCAAGGACCCUCCGGAGGAAACGGGACGGCUGAAGCGGAAACAACUGUACAGCUUCUUCACAGCCAGUGGGACCGGCUUCGAGGCCUUCUUCACCACGGAGGGCAUGUUGGUGGUGGCUGUUUGCACCAAGAAGGAGUAUAUGACGGUCGCUUUGCCAGAGAUUCUCUUCAACGACGCAGCCUGGCAUUGUGUUGACGUCGUCCACAUCGUGGGCCGCCGGCUGUUCAGUCAGAAUCUGGUGAACAUUUUCGUAGAUGGUGAAUCCCGGAAAGAGGCUCAGCUGCGUUUCCCGUCCCUCGGCGAGGCCUUCACGUCUUGCUGCAUUGGUUCUGCUGGCCAUCGGACCACAACCACGUCCACGAUCUACUCGCCCCCGUCUCACUCUCUGGACCUGGAUAUCCCAGUGCACCCUUUUCUGAACCGCUCACAGUCCUUCCCGGCGUCUCUGGCUUCUCACACCUGGACCCCCAUCCCGCCCCGUGAAAGCAUGGUUUCUACCAUGAUCGCGGGGACCCAGGACACCGAGUGGGGGAUGCCCACCUCUCUGGAGGGCCACUUGGGGUCAGUUGCUAUCUUCCACGAGGCACUCCAGCCUGCUCAGGUGAAGGCCCUCUUCUUGGCAGGACCAAAUAUCGCCUCACCCUUUAAGCCCGAAGGAGAUUUUGGGGAACUGAGUAGCAAAUUGCUUUUGUACUACACACCCCAGGCCUGUAAAAGCAACAUCUGUCUGGACCUUUCUCCAAACCAUAACCUGGAUGGGAGGCUGACGGGGCAUCAAGUGGUGAACUGGGAUGUUAAGGAUGUCAUCAACUGUGUUGGCGGGAUGGGAGCUCUCCUCCCCCUGCUGGACCAAAUAGCAUCUCAAAAGGAAGAAAGCAAAGAAAUCCAGGAAAUCCACGAUUUGGUGGGCCCAGAGUUGACGUCUUCACAGAGCGCCCAAGGCUUACACAUCCCCCUGGGGAAACCUUCAGAGGGCAAGUUGGAGAAGAAUGGAGUGGCCGCUUUUUUACUGCUGGUGAAGAACUUUCUGCGUGGUCACCAAGUCAAUCAGGAGGGUUUGGUCCGAUGCCAUGGGCCUGCCAUCAUCGGAGCCUUGCUACAGAAGGUCUCCAGCCAGUUGAUGGACAUGAACGUCCUCGUGGCCUCCGAGAUUCUGAUGGAGGAGGUGGCCAACGAAGGAAACCACUUCUUGCUUCACCUCUUCUACCAGGCCCUUCUCUUUGACUUCCGCAUCUGGACCAACAGCGACUUUGCCGUCCGGCUGAGUCACAUCGACUACCUGUCCAACAUAAUUAAGGAUCACAAACAAAGGAUACGGAAGAAAUAUGGAACGCAGUACAUCCUAGAUUCCAUCCGGACCUAUUACGGAACCUACAAGGAGAAGCCGAUGGCCACCGAUAACCUCCGUACAGUGCAAAAAUCCCUCUUCAGCCUGAUCCAGGACUUCUUCUGCAGGAACAUCUCCAGCGAUGAGAUGCAAAGCACUAUGAACUACCUGGCAGCUGUAAAUGAUGAGAACCAGGUAUGUGGGAUCCUGGAAGUGAUCCAGAGCCUGCAGAAGAGUUCCCCGUGCCAGGAUCAGCUCUUCACUUUCCUGUUCGAACCGGGCAAUGUGGAGGUCUUCUUCUCCCUGCUCACUCAACGGAAGUUCUCGGAUGAAGUCCGGGAGAGAAUCUUCAAGAUUUUGUACAAGUUGCUGAAGUAUGAGAAGAUCCACGAACGGUACAAACACCGCUUGAAGCUGAAGGACAUCGGCUACCAUGGCUUCAUCUCAUACCUGAACGACAUCCCAGUUUCCAUAUUGUUCUUCCGGUGCCUUCUGGAGCAAGUCCUUGGAGCAGAUUCCCCGAACUACAAGGAUCUGAUGGCCGUUGUGUACCUCUCCCACCGGGCAGAUCUGACGGUCAGACUGGACAUCUGCAGGAAGCUCUUCCACCUCAUUUACUCACAGCACGACAUGGUGAAGCAACUGGCCAAGCUGGCGGGCUGGCAGGACACCCUCACCAAGCUCUACGUCAAGGAGUCGUACGAGUCUCGCCAACACAGCCUGUCGAGCUCGGCCAACGGAGUGGACUUCUUGAAGCUCUCGGAGCAGCAGCCCAGCCUGGAAAGGGGGAAAGAGAUGGUGGGCUCCAGCCCCUCGACCUCUGAACUGCCAGACCUGGACGUCUUCCUCCCCCUGGAUUACGAAGCGUCCGACCACGAGCUGUCCGAAGGUUUCUCGGACCUGUCCGUCUCUCCCACCAGCCAGAAGAACAAGGUCUUCCAGUCGUACGCCUUCAAGUCCUUCGACUCCUUGGAGCUGGCCAGCCACUCUUCCUCCUCCAACAUCAUGGACCUUCCGGGGCAGGGGGAGGCCCAACCAGGAGGCCCGGCCGACCGCGUCUACCACCCGCUCUCGCCUUUCUCCAAUUCCCUCUUUGACCUCGGCUUGGAUUUGGGAAGCAGCAGCUCGGCGGCCACCUUGGAAAGCGGCAACCAGACGCCCCUCAGCCUUUCGGGGACCCCGUCCCCUCUGGAGAACUUCAAGCCGUUCCCAGGUUCGAGGGCUCGGAAGAGCUCCAGCUUGUCCAAUGUGCUGGACGAGACGAGCUACCAGGAAACGCUGCCAAGCGACAGCAUCUCCAACACCAGCAACCCUCAGCAAACCCCGGAGGAAGAGCUCUGCAACCUGCUGACCAACAUCAUCUUCUCGGUCACCUGGCGGGGCGUGGAGGGCUGGGACGACGUGGCCUGGAAAGAACGAGGGCAGGUCUUCUCCGUCCUCACCAAGCUGGGCUCGGCCUGUGAGCUGGUCCGCCCACCUGACGAGAUCAAGCGCAGCCUGCUGGAGAUGAUGAUGGAGUCGGCCCUGACCGACCUGAAGGAGAGCACCCCGGCUCUGCUGCCCAGCCUCACCCAGAACGCCCUAAAACUGCUCCACCUCCUGCAGGAUUUCUUGUUCUCGGAAGGCCACAACAACCAGGUCCUCUGGAGUGAGAAGAUUUAUGAGGGUGCCAACAGCCUGCUAGACAAGCUGGGGGUCUGGUACCACUUGGCCAAUGGCACUUCGGACUUGAAGGAGAUGGCCCAAAUCGGCCUGCGAUUGCUGAUUGGAUACAUCAUGCUGGAAGAUGUGCAGCUGCAGUCGUUGGCCUACGUCAAGCUUCAUGGUCUUCUCCAAACGGCUUCAGCCCCCAGGAAGGAACAAGCCUGUUAUCUCCUGGGCAAACUGGAGACCCCGCUCCGGGCAUCUCUGCACACCAAGUCGGAGACCUUCUCUUGGCUGGUGCCUAUCAUCCGGGCUUUGAUGGACCAGUGUUACGAAACUUUGCAGCUCCAGCGCUUCCUGCCGUCUCUGCCACCCACCAAUGGCAGCCCCACAUUUUACGAAGACUUUCAGGUCUUCUGCACCCACCAGGAGUGGCUUAGCUUCAUCGAAAUGCACGUCCAACCCACCAUGGCUCAGUUUGAAAUGGACACAUUUGCCAAGAGCCACGACCACAUGUCCAGUUUCUGGAACUCCUGUUACGACGCCUUGAUGAGCAGCAAUCAGAGGAGGGAGAAAGAGAAGGCCGAGAGCCAGAGGAAAUUCGAGGAGCUGAUCCAGAAGCCUGUGAUGAAACGGUCACAGUACGAAAACAUCCGGCACACAAGUAUGCUGAAGCAGGUCAACCACCACCACAAUACGGUCCUGCAACAGUGGCUGGCGAUGCAACGGCUGCUGGCUUCCCAGCGCUCGGUCUGGGCCGACCAGAAUCCACCUGAGAUCUACUGGAAGCUGUCCAACGUAGAGACCUACUCCCGAAUGAGACUCAAGCUGAUUCCCAAUCACCACUACGACUGCCACGCAGAAGCUAGCGCCUUGCGGGACAACCUUGGUGCCGAUGGCUUACAAGGUCCAGCAGAGUCCCUGCCUUUAGCGGUGGCCAAAGAAGCCAAAGUCAGUGAGAUGCAGGACGAUCAACUGGCUGAAGAAGACCUCUCGUUCUUGGACAAUCACCUCGAACCCAAAGAGCAAAGCCAGCGGGAGAAGCUGCUCAUCUCGGAGGAUUGCGAACUCAUCACCAUCGUGGCUGUGAUCCCGGGGCGCCUGGAGGUCACCACCCAACAGAUCUAUUUUUACGACAGCAACAGCGACAAAGAGGAGACUGAGGAGGGUAUUGGACAUGACUUCAAGCGUCCUCUGGCUCAGCUCCGGGAGCUGCACCUUCGCCGUUACAACCUGCGCCGUUCAGCCCUGGAGUUCUUCUUCAUCGACCAGGCGAAUUAUUUCCUCAACUUCAAGAAAAUGGUGAGGAACAAGGUCUACUCCACCAUCCUCAGCUUGCAGCUUCCCAGCCAGAUCUAUCAAGGCAGCCGCUCCCCGCAGGAUUUGCUCAAGGCCUCUGGACUGACUCAGAAAUGGGUCUAUAGGGAGAUCUCCAAUUUUGAAUACCUCAUGCAGCUGAACACCAUCGCAGGACGCACCUACAAUGACCUUUCCCAGUAUCCCGUGUUCCCCUGGAUCCUGCAAGAUUAUGUCUCGGAGACCCUGGAUCUCAGCAACCCAGCCGUUUUCCGGGAUCUGUCCAAGCCCAUCGGGGUGGCCAAUGAGAAACACGCCAAGGAUGUCAGGGAGAAGUACGAGAGCUUCGAGGACCCCAUGGGGAAGACUGACAAAUUCCACUAUGGCACCCACUACUCCAACGCAGCGGGCGUCAUGCAUUACCUGAUCCGCGUAGAGCCGUUCACCACCCUGCAUAUCCAGCUGCAGAGCGGGAGAUUUGAUUGUGCUGACCGCCAGUUCCACUCGGUUCCUGCCACUUGGCAGGCUCGCUUGGAGAACCCGGUGGAUGUGAAGGAAUUGAUUCCAGAAUUCUUCUACUUCACCGAUUUUCUGGAAAACCAGAAUGGUUUCGAUCUCGGCUCUCUUCAGAUAUCGAAUGAGAAAGUGGGGGACGUGGUCCUUCCCAAAUGGGCCAAAUCCCCAGAAGAUUUUAUCCACAAACACCGGCAAGCACUAGAAUCUGAGUAUGUCUCAGCCCAUCUGCAUGAAUGGAUCGACUUGAUCUUCGGCUAUAAGCAGCGGGGCCCAGCCGCUGUGGAGGCUCUGAAUGUAUUCUAUUAUUGCACUUAUGAAGGGGCAGUCGAUUUGGAUGCGAUCGCAGACGAAACACAUCGGAAGGCUUUGGAAGGCUUCAUCAAUAACUUUGGGCAGACCCCCUGCCAGCUGUUGAAGGAGCCACACCCAGCCCGUUUCUCCGCUGAAAGCGCUGCCAGGAGAGUUUCUCGACUGGAUACUUAUUCUCCGAACAUUUUUGAAAACCUGGAUCAGCUCAAAUCGUUCUUUGUUGAAGGCAUCAGUGACCGGAUCCCGCUUGUCCAGGUGGUCGUCCCCAAGAGUCAGUCUCAUUCUUUCAUGACUCAGGGAUCUCCUGACAUGAUGGUCACAGUCAGCGCCAAUGGGCUGCUGGGAACUCACAGCUGGUUGCCGUACGAUAAAAACAUCUCCAAUUACUUCAGCUUCACCAAAGACUCCACCGUCUCCAACCCAAAGACGCAGCGCUACCUGUACGGCCCCUUUGCCCCGGGGGCAGAAUUGUCCUCCAAGACGUUGGUGGUCUCUCACGACGGCAAGCUCCUCUUCAGUGGAGGUCACUGGGACAACAGCUUGCGGGUCACCUCCUUGAGUAAAGGAAAGGUGAUAGGGCACAUCCACCGUCACAUAGAUGUUGUGACCUGCCUGGCCUUAGAUCUGUGUGGAAUCUACCUCAUUUCUGGAUCGCGAGACACCACCUGUCUGGUGUGGCAAGUCCUCCAGCAGGGUGGUCUGUCUUAUGGCUUAGCUUCCAAGCCAGUCCAGGUCCUCUACGGACACGAAGAUGAAGUCACAUGUGUCGGCAUCAGCACGGAACUGGACAUGGCGGUGUCGGGGUCCAAGGAUGGCAGCAUCCUUGUGCACACCAUCCGCCAAGGGCAGUUCAUGAAGUCGUUGAAGCCCCCGUGCGAGAGUUCCCUGCCGGUCACCAUCUCCAACCUGGCUGUAGGUCACGAGGGGCAGAUCGUGGUCCAGACGAUCGUGGGGGGAAGAACCCCUCUCAAGGACAAGUUCGCCCUCCACCUUUACUCAGUCAACGGCAAGCACCUGUCUUCUGUCUCCCUGGAUGAGCAAGUGACCUCGAUGUGCGUCACAGAGGACUUUGUCGUGUUGGGCACCCUUCAGUGUUCGUUACAGAUCAGGGACCUGCAGAGGCUGAAGCCAGCAAUUCCUUCCUUGAUCAUGAAGGUCCCCAUUCACAGCGUCUCCGUGACGAAAGAGAAAAGCCAUAUCUUGGUCGGUCUGGAGGACGGGAAGCUCAUCGUGGUCGGUGCAGGCCAGCCUUCGGAAGUGAGGACGGGCCAGUUCCACAGGCGGCUGUGGCGUUCGACGCGGCGUAUUUCCCAAGUGUCUUCGGGCGAGACAGAAUAUCAUCCGACAGAAUCCAAAUAGGGGCCUCUUUUUUUUUUUUAAACUUUCCUGUUGCCUUGUAGUUACCUCUCUGCCACAGUGGACCACGGGCCCUCCCAAGAGGAGGUCCACCACUGCUGCUGUCCGAUUCUCUCGUUGCACGGCCGACGGAUCUUUGUGGCUGCAGGGAUAACCUGUGGCAACUCCCCAGCAGCGAGAACCUGCACACCUCUGGAGCAGGCUCCUGAACGCAGUUCGUGCAGCGGAACAAUGGGGGUUUGUGGGUGGGUGGGUGUGCGUGUGUGUGGGUGUGUGUAUGCGGUUUCCCUGAGUCCAUUCAGCUGUUCCCCACCGAUCAAUGCUAUACCACUAUUGAUUCCUGCAGAGCUUGAAACGGCAAAUGUUUGUAUUGUCUUACACUGGAGAGCGUGAGUGAGAGAGGACAGGGUAAGUCUGCUGGGGUGUCCCUUCCUCCUCCCACCCUAUGUCAGAGUCUGGGGACCACAAGUGAAACGAUAGACACCCCAACUUCAAGACUGCCGGGGGGAUGGGUGUCUCUUGGUGGUGGCCUUAAGGAGACGUUCGUUGCACUACGUGGAACAUACCUGCGCCCGAAGUGGACACCUGUUGCUUUCUGUCCUGGUGGGUGAGAAGUUCAACUAAACUCUGAAGAAAGCUUUAAAGGGAAGACGGGAAAAGUCAGGAGCUCUUGAUCCGCAAUUUGGAAACCAAGAAAGUUGGACAGGGUGGGGCAACCCAUAAGCAUUGUGCCAGAGACGGGGCAGGAGGCGAAUUUUCAGUCUCCUACGCGGUAUGAAAAAAGCGAGCUUUUCCCACAGAUCUGCUGCCCUCUGGUGGCUUGGUCCUGGAGAACGCCUGUGGACAGUUGACCAUUAAGGAUGUGGGAGGCCCAGACAUUCAUUGGUUGGAGGCCAACGAUUUGCAACACCGUGUCCUGCGUACCUUCGCUAGCAAUAAAAGAUAACUUUGGUGCCCCUGUGUUAUACCCAGCCUCAAGGCCUUACGGUUCUCUCUGUCCCGAGAUGAGUGGAAGAUCCGUAGAGUGGAAGAUGGUUGUCCUCUUCGCUCCUCACUUUGAAAAAAAACCCACUUAAUAGACCCUCCUCCCGGAGAUGUCUUAUCCGAGGUCCUUCUGGUGGAAACGGUGACUCCCUGUGCCGUCCUGUACAUGUUUUAUGGAAUUGACAUCAUCUUCCUCUUAAGCACCUGCUCCUAUGGGCCCUUCUGACCUUCUGCAUGGAGGAGAGAGGAGAAGGUUCUGAGAUCCCGGAAACCACACGCAACGUCCCAAUGCAAAAACAAAUCAGAGCAGAUUUCACGCUGGACGUUGGUUUUGUCCUACCUUCUCAUUUCUUGCUCUCCAAAUCAGGACAGAGUCCUCAGCUGUCCAACUACCAGCCUUCUUGGGGAAGUCAUUCCAUCUCUUUGCCCCACAUGGUUGAAGGAAACUGUGCCCCCUCUCGCUCCACCCCUGCAACCGUUCGCCUAAAGAAAAGUGAUCCUUCAUCUACUCGUGUCUGGAUGAUCUCUCUGUGUCCCACUUCUGUGGCUGUACAAAGCGCGUUGACGGUUGAAUGUCCUGGAGAAGAACAGGUAAGCAUUCUCUAGGAGACUACAAAUCCAACCCUCCCCAGCCAGAGUGCGUGUCCCCAAACCGAGACAAGAUCCUCAGUUUUGCAUCACAAUUGCCUACAAGGUUGAAACCGUUCUUAAAUCUUUUUUCUAAUUUCCUAUCCAUUCCAGGUCUUCUCUCUCUCAAAGAACUUAAUAAUAAUUCUGGAAUAGAGACCAAUUUCCACCAAGUGCAAUAUCAGCAUUCCAAAAUUUUUGUGCCCCCCCACUUUUUAAAAAUGUAUUUAAAAGGGGGCAAAGGUGUAAAUUUCAGAGUUUUCCAACUCCAAGAAAAAAGCAACCAGUGGAUAAUGUCCUUUGACCAGCACGAAAUUUAGCACUGACAUUUCAUCACGGCAGAUGUUUGGCUGACUUGCCUUGGCUGCGGUUCUGAAGUUCCUGAGAUUGUCAGCCUGGUUUGUUUGAGAGAAUCGGAGUCAGAUGGAUUUAUUUGGGGCAGGUUUAGGCUGCAGAAACCGGGCUCAACUUUGGGGGGGAUUUGCCAAAAAACAAAAAACAAAACCAGGCUUCAUGUCUGUUGGUACCAGAGUGUGCUUUCCAAUUGCGUAGAGUCUGUAUUGUGUUGGUACGACACCAUUUUUGGCUCACGGGAAGUGAAGAAAGAGAAAAGAAAUAAGCUUUAAUAGCUAAUGUCACAAAGAAUUUUUGUAAAAAAAGUGAAUGUUUUUAAGGUUAAAGAGACAAAAGCCUGCUCUGGAAUUCAGCAUUAUUUUGGAUUUGCAAACGAGCAAAACUUGGUUGCAAAAAAAAAAUGCUUUAAGGCAAAUGUUUCUCGCUGACUGCUUGAAGAAGGUUGGAUUUCAACUCCCAGAAUUCCCCAGCCAGCAGGCUGGCUGAGGAAUUCUGGGAGGUGAAGUUCACCCAUCUCCAAGAGUCCAAGGAUGAGAAACAUUGUUUUAAGGAUGGAUACAGACAGGCACGGGGCUGCCCUUUUGUCACCAUCCCCGCUAAAACUUCCAUUUGCCCCGAUCCAGAACCAAUGAUCCCCAAAGAGGACAAAGAUCCAUCCUCCACUUCGAUCUGAGCCAUUGUACCAGACCAGCCUUCUCGGUUUAAGCACGGCCAUUGGUUGCCCAAAGGGAAAUCUGUAUUUUGCAAUAAAUAAAUUAUAAAGGAGGUGCAAAUCCUUAGCAACCACAGGGCAAUUAAAAGCUCCCCUUGCAAAUCCAGGCACCCUGCGAGUAUAAGGACGGGAUUGCAACUUUUCUGUAGAUUCCUGGUCGUCGUUGGCGUUCUGCGUGACGUGGAAAAACGGUGCCUGGUUUUAAAAGGCCUGUGGGACAGGACAAAUCCAUUUAGUGUGCACUGCCUUGCGUCUUUUUUUUUCCUUCCAGAAAAAUUUAAAGCACAAUCUGAAUUU